AUGAUUAUUGAAGAAAUAGAAGAUUUUCACAAAUGGCUUAUAGAAGAACUGACACCUAUGUAAGUUUGAAGAUCAAAGUUUCACUUUUUCAUUUGAUUGAAGUUGUGACGCCGAUCCAUCUGCACUAGCAAAGUAUGUCCUUGCUUUGUUGAGAAAGCCCCACAUGUCUGUUGACGAAGUGAGAAAGUUUAGUCUCGAACAGCUCGAUGUUUUUCUUGGGUCAAGUUCGUCUUUUUUCUUUUCUUCAAUUAAUCAUGAAUUUAAGACACUGUUCGUUUUGUUGAAAAGAUGUUCAAUGCUUUGAAAUCUAAGUCAUAUUUCGAGGCUCCGGUGUCAGGCCCUGUUGCAGACCUGUCGAAAGAAAAAAAAGAGCCAAGCCAAGUGGUUGCUAGUGUAUCUUCCUCAAAUAAUCCGGCAGAAGUUUCUAUUAAAGAAGAGAACGAAAAGGUGAGCGGUUUUUUUUUUCGUAAUGUAAUAUCCGCGUUUCUCUGAUUAAAAUUUUUUUUCAAUAGUUGAACGUAGGGAUUCACAAUUUUCUUUUAGGUACUUGUCUCAGACCUACGUUGAGGAAGUAUCUGAAAAAAAACGCGGUUAUUAAGGUUGCAGAAGCAAUUCAAAAUACUUAACGACCCUAGAGAGAACUGAUUUCACGCGCGUGUCAAAUUGGUUUGAAACACGGCGUGUUAUCCCCAAAAAUUAGUAUUGGGCAAGUGUAUAAUUUUUGUGUAAGACUAAAGUAUGACUUUUAAUUAAAGCCUCAAAAGUUAAAAAAAAUUUCAUUAAAGCCUCAAAAAUUGUUCUAAAAAGCUAAGUUAAGGUAAAUUUGCCCACAUCAUCAUCAUCGAUUUCUUCUUCUACUCGAGAGGAGCAACGACGUCGCCCUGUGACGAACCAGCUUUCAGCUCCCGUCACUGAGAGAAAAGGGCAUUCGAAAGAGGACUUUCCAAGCACAGGCGAGAAAAGGAACGAGAACCCUCUCAUCUCAAGGUCUAUUCGGAAACGAAUAAGCCCUCCUCCAGCUGAAAACAAGGAAAAGGUUGGUUAUUGCAUUUUUCUUUUCUCCCUUCUGUAUAAUUUUAUGACCUUGUUUUUACUUCGAUUUCAAUCAAUUUAUUUAUUUUUCGCAACAUCGGGAUGGUAUGGUGAUGUUGCAGGGAGGGAAAAAGACCACUAGGUGGAUUAACCAACCCCACCUGUGAAGAAAAAGUUUGUGUGUGAGAAAAAGAAACAUAAAACCAUAAUAAGUAGAUAUAUAAAACCAAGUUGAUCAUGGCACAAAUCUGUGAACACUUGAAAGAAUAUGCUCGACGCCAACAUUUUCUGCAUACACUAAAAAGAUGUCCUUAAAUUUUUUUUUCUUGUCUUCCUCUGCCAAUAAUUCAUGUUAAAUGUCAUUCCAAACAUUAGUAAUGCGAUGUGAUGAGAAAUUGAAAAAAAAAUCCAGUGAAGGUUUCGUUUUUAAUAAUUUAAAACCAUUUCCUCUGAGCUGACUGGGACGGUCAAAGAUGUUAUGUACCUGGAUGGGAGAGUCUGACCAGCACUUAUUAUGCAAAAACUGAUGUGAUAAUACCAGAUCCUUAACUAAACGCCUAAACCAAAGAGGUUGAAGACCUAACAGGUUUAACCGUUCAUUAUAUUCCAUUCUUGGGAAAAGGCGCUUCGUGAAACGCCUCUGGACAGAUUCUAAUCGAUCAAUAUCUGUUUUUCACGAUUUUCUUCGAAAUAUUUCACGAAGGUUUUUAAAUGAAGGAGUUAUCUCCGUUUUUUUUUUAUAUUCGCGUGUUUUCUUUGAUAAUAUCUACAGGGAUGGUUUUCUUUGACCGUAGUUACAGCCUUUGCUUUUCAAACGGGUUUUGUAGGAGGAGUAAGGGUUAUGUUUCUUCAGGCUGGUAACAGAGAUGUCCGAGAACACCGCACAAGACGCUCUCGGUCACCUCCAGCUCGCGGAUCUUCCAGGGACCGCGACCGCCGUUCAGGUCGUUCUGGAGGCUCCACAAAUGUCCGGCGUACAUCUCCUGCAGAACGUCAUCGGACUGAGCGAAGAAGGUAUCGCAAUUCUCAUUAACUGGAAAAAACAGCUUUACAAGGGAGUAGAAUUUCAAAAUUUCUGUGAAUAAUACAACAGCGGUGAACUGACAGCUUCGAGAAUAUAGUCAGUUCAUUCCGAAAAGAAAAAAAGUUGUUGUUGAGCUCGUGCCAAGAACCGCGUACGCGCACGCUACGCGUUUUGCCCCUUUGUCUGCCUCCCUCGUCUUUCAAGCCGGGAAAAAUUGACUAUAAUGCGCUUUUUUUCGGUGUACCAGUUCUAGAUUUUUUUGUUUUGGCGCGCAACUGCGAACGAUUUUUUUAAAAUUUUAAUUAAGUGCGAAAUGAAAGCGGUGUCGCGCCGAGAAAAAUGAUUUGAAAUGUACCGGCACCGACCUCGCGUUUCUUCGCGCAGUUAUUCUUAGUUUAAAUCUCUUUUUGUCUCUCUUUUUUUUUGCCACACGAAUCCGUUAAUUAAUAAUCUCAAUUAUUAUCAAACGAAAAAAUCUUGAAGUUAGACUUUCUUGAUUUCAUAGUGCAUUUUUAAAUAUUUUUUUAUUGAAAAAAAUCAAUAAGAAACUAUAUAAAAAAAUAUAUUUUUUUCUCUUCUCUGAAAAUGGCUAGGCUGGCGAGGGUGAAGCGUUAUGUUUGAAAGGGGGAUACAUUUUCUAUUUAUACAUUUUCUCAUGAUUGCGUUUGACCUCAAGUUCCCAGCCAAAAAGCAGCGUCGCGUACGCAAGGCUUCAAACUUGCUGUUCUACCCAUCUCGCCUUGCAAAUCGGGGAAAAACUGACUGUUCGGUCACAAAGCUAAAUUUAUAAAAGUUUGAAUUCUACACGUGAAUGGCAAUACAUUAAUUUCCAGUUUGAAACAAAAAAUCGAUGAAAAUAUUAAAUUCUUAAAGGUCUCGAACGCGCUCCAGAAGCAUGGAUCGCGAUCGCAGAGAACGUGACAGAAACGGCGAAACCCGAAAACGACGAUGCAAAAACUUUGAACGUUUGAAUUUUUUCCCAUUCUUAUUUUCCCUUUUUUUUAGUUAAGGGUCUUUGUUUCCGCGGAGAUCAAUGUCCUUAUGAUCAUGGACCUGACCCUGUUGUUAUGGAUGAAACUGCCCUGGAGGGUAUGGUGAAGUUCGACGUGGCUAAGACGAAUUUCAGGUAAAGGAAUAUUAGAGUUUAAAAAAAAAAAAAUCAAAACAGAGGUUUUUAUACAUGCAAAAAAAAUGUGCCUGACUAUUCGGUCAACGCGUGGCUGAAUUCUCGUGGCUCUUUUUUCCGAGCCGAUUAUACUUCAUUUCAACUCAUCUACUCAGCAGGGCGGGGCCCCCCAUCAGCAGCUUUCGGUCGAGCUAAUUUUCUGAUUUUCUGCGAGUUUCGAGCAAGUUAACACGCAUUUUGGAGAUUGCAUACCUCUUUGAUGUUAAAUAGCUCGUCAACAAAGAACACCUUGUCCCAUUGAAGUCAUGCGUCCGAGCUAAUUUUGCUUUACUCCAAAUGGUUCGCUGCUUGAUUUUCGCUCAAGUUAGGAUUGCCGAAAUUUUUGUACAGUAGCUCUGAAGUCUGAAGUUGCUUUUGAUAAUCUAUAAUAUUGGCUUUUUCCAGACUGAUCUUAAAUUCCAUGAAAACGUUGCCCCAGUGCGAAUUUAGUAGACGCCCUUUUAAGAAGUAGGUGUGGUGAAAAACGUAAUUGUUUUUGUUAAGCGACGCUGAGAUGUUCCAAGCUAUUAAAAAAAAAUUGUGCCUUACUGACUAUUUUUUGGUCAUUCGCGCAAUGACUAUGACGCUGUUACAGCAAAGCAGAAAGGCAAUUUUUCCGAAGCACUACUUGGUUGGACGUUCACCACUCGAGAACACAAUAUUAGAAACUUUUUUUUAAACAUGUUUCAUAGACAUUUUGUUAGAUGAAAUACACGAAAAUGAAUAGGAAUUUCAUUUUCAACAAAAUAAAUUGCAGCGCUCAGAAAUUCCUCUCUAUAAUUCCGCCUACCCAUGUACAUUAUAAAAAUUAAAUAAGCGGAGCACUCAAAUCGCAAAUGUUUAUCAACCACUAUGGAGGAAAUUUCAGCGUUCCUCCUCCUGGCUAUAAUCCUGUGAACCCCCCUCCUCCCGGUGUUCCUGUGGAGAACAUGUAUAUUCAUGGCUCCGUCGAAGGUUUUUUUUUUCUUUCCGCUUACUUUUGAAAUCUUUUUUUUUGUUAGGUUAUAACCCCGAGGCACCCGCCAUAGCUUCAAAUUUUACUAUUCCUCCGCCUCCUCUUCCUGUCACGGCGGGCACUACAGCUUGGCGCCCUCCGUUCUCGGUUCAAAAUGUAAAAAUAAUUUUUUUUUUUUUUACUUGUAAUCAAUAUUUUCAACAGGUGUCCUUCGCGCCCCAAGGAGUUAUACCAGUGUCCCAGCAGACGAACAGAGGUACGAUCAGAGGCCGCGGUCGUGGCCGUGGAGGUCGCGUUUAUCAGAAUUUCGGAAACCGGAACCCAGAGUUAGCUACUUUACAGGUUUUUGAAAAGUGGAAAAAUAAAAUUUCAAUUUUUUGAUUGAGGUCAAAAAAAUUCCGCCAGAAUUCAAUAAUAUUGCUAAACUGAAUGAGCAUUUUUCAACAUUUGGCACAGUGGACAACAUUCAGGUUUGUUCACUUCUACGAAAUUUUUUUUUCUUGUUCGGGAGUUUGUCAGCUCCUGAAUGCGAGAGAGAUAGAGUUGAAAAUUUUGAAUUUAAAUGUGGUAAGUUGUUUUGUUCAUUUCUAAUCGGUAGAAACUAGUUCGAAACUUCGGGAGUAGCAACUUUCUUUAUAUCUGUUCAAAAAUCCGUGAUGCGUGGUUGAAAACGCAGAAAUCGGGCAUGGUAAACAAGGUUACACGGAAGAGAUUUGCGGACCUGCGCUUGGAUCAAAAUUUUUUUCAUCGAAGAAAAAUUCAUAAUUUUGAAGCUAUAUGUAAUUGGAACAAAAAACGGAUCGAAACAUUAUUUCUAUAGAGUCAACCAUUACUGGUAAAAUGUACAAAAAUACCUUUACGGAAGAUAGAAGGAACUGAGGUAUCGGGGUUUUUUUCCCAAACGAAGUAUGGCAAGCGGAAUUUCUUGAUUUCUAUUUUUCAUCCUAAAUCGCUAUUUUCAACUUUUUCUACGGUGAAAAAUUGUCCCUUUCAGAAAUUUCAAUGCAAUUUCUCUUCCGCGAUUCUAUUGCGUGCAACCCUGAUGACCAAGAGUUACGAUUAGCGUUUUCGACAAACUUUGCCGAUAUUCAAUACAAACUAAUGCAAUAACUUUGAAGGUUCGCUUCAACUCGGAGCCCGAUACAGCUUUGAUAACUUAUUCAUCAAGAGCAGAAGCUAUGAAUGCCUACACCUCGCCUACACCGGUCCUCAACAAUCGGUUCAUCAAAGUUUUCUGGCAUAAUCCUGAGAACUCGAACCCUGAAGGCGAAUUUUCUCGCGCGGUAAUUUUUUUUUUUUUGAUUUGCACAUAAUUUUGGAUUUAGGGGGCAGUCGCAAACGUGACAGGUGUAUCAAAAACGGUCGUUGAAAAGCCAAAGGUUUUUCUCUUUUCUAAUUCUUGAAAGUAACUUUUUUUCAGAUUGCUACUCUCAAAGAAUCGAAGUUUGUGAGUGCGGAAACUCAGGAAAUGCGAGCCAAGAGAUCUGAGGCCAGCGAAAAAUAUAAGAACGAAAAGUCUCAGCUGACUGUUCUGGUUGACUUACAAAGAAGAAAGACAGAGCUGCUAGAAAAGCUCAUGGAAAAACAGAAGCAGCUUCUUGUGAAGGUUCAAAACCUCAAACUUCUUUUUAACAGUUUUUUUGUCAGGCAAGAACGUCGCCAGAGGAUAAAGAUAAAAAACAGGCAACGAAGUUAGUGAAGCAUAUCCAUCAGAAGAUCAAGGCUUGUAAAGAAGAGGUUUGAUUUUGCGCAUAACUACUUUUUGAACGAAGUCUUUCAGGCCGAUCAGUUAUUGUUAAGCAUAUCAGAAAAAACGAAGACCGUCGACGAUGCGCUGUCGUACCUGGAUAGUUUGAAGAAUAGUAAAAAGGAACCUUCCCCAGAGCUGCAGGAAAACAAAGCUGUCGAAUCGAGAAAGAGAAAAGGUAGUUGGGUUCAUAUAGUUCAAAUUAAAAAUGAAAUUCAGCGUCCAACGAAAUUUCUGAUACAAUUUCUAAGUUUAAUGGCGUUGUCAUUGUCAAAGGAAUCAAGGUUAUUUUAUAAAAAUAACAUAAAAUUGUAUGCCUUAUUUUUUACAGAGUGAAGAUAUCGAUGAGUUGAUGACUCAUAUGGAGCAGUUCGGUGAAACUCUCGACAUGAAUGUUUCUGCGGAGGACGAAAUCGCAAUUGCGACUAUUCCAUAUAGAAGAGCUGUGGAUGCAAUUAAGGUUUUGGCUCAAAGUUCUUUCUUUCAGAAUUAAUAUUUUUCAGGCGGUGAAAGAAGGUAAAUUGUUCAAAGGAAGUUUUUUGGACAUGGACCUGAUGACAAAAAUAGAGUCGGAUGUAUUGACCACUGAUGCCCACAUGACAGCGAAUGAACUUCUUGCCAACAUUCCUUUGGAAAUCGAAGUAAAUGAUUUUUAGCUCUCUCCGACUUUCGUAGUUCAAUUUGUAAAAAUAGAGUCUGAAAGUUAUCAAAAGCUCAUUUCAGUCGGAUGAAGACGAUUCGUGA